CCACAGGUCAGCCCUGUGCCCGACACCCACCCACUCCUCGUCUUCGUCAACCCCAAGAGCGGAGGGAAGCAGGGAAAGAGAGUCCUGCGGAAGUUCCAGUACCUGCUGAACCCCCGGCAGGUCUACAACCUGCAGCAAGGAGGACCCAACCCAGGACUCAAUUUCUUUCGGGACGUGCCAGAUUUCCGCAUCCUGGUGUGCGGCGGGGAUGGCACUGUGGGAUGGAUCCUGGAUGCCAUUGACAAAGCCAACCUUCCCCGACGACCACCUGUGGCCGUUUUGCCCCUGGGCACCGGCAACGACCUGGCGCGGUGCCUGCGCUGGGGUGGAGGCUACGACGGGGAGAACCUGGUGAAGAUCCUGAAGGACAUCGAGGGCAGCAGCGUGGUGCAGAUGGACCGCUGGCACCUGCGGGUGCUGCCCACCUGCCCCACCGAGGCUGGUGACCCCGUGCCCUACGAGAUCGUCAACAACUACUUCUCCAUUGGGGUGGAUGCCUCCAUCGCGCACCGCUUCCACGUCAUGCGGGAGAAAUACCCCGAGAAAUUCAACAGCAGGAUGAAGAACAAACUCUGGUACCUGGAGUUUGCCACCUCCGAGACGCUCUUUGCCACCUGCAAGAAGCUCAAGGAGUGCCUGAGCAUCGAGGUGCGCCUCAUCCCUGCAUCC